GAGGCAGCUGCCGCUUCCUGGUCCCUGGUCAUGUGGCUGGUGACGGAGCAAGGACGCCGCAGCGGAGGAGCUCCAUGGCGGGGGAAGCCGGAGAAACGAAAGUGCCCGUAGAGCCCUGCCCCUCCCCGCCUCCCGUAUGCCCGACAGCCCUACCGCCGCCCGAGCAGGUGCUCCACCAGGAUCUUUCCCACCCAUCCCACCCAGACAGCGCCCAAGCCGCUACCCCCAUGGAGAAGGAACCUGAGCCCCCUGCACCCUCCUGCUCCACUCCCUCCCACCCUCCAGCCACGGAAGAUGACUUCCAGUUUGUCCUCUGCGAGCGCUGCCAGCAGGAAUCGCCCAACCUCAAGCUCCUCAUCUGCCUCCACACCUUGUGCCUGGGUUGCCUGAGCGAGAACAAGCCGGUCGGGCAGUGCCCCAUCUGCCACACGCCUAUCCCUCAGGCCAACGGCAUCCCAGACAUGGACAACCUCCUCUUCAUCAACCUGCAGGCCAGGCUCAAGGUCUACAAGAAGAUCCGAGACAGCGAAGGUCCCAGCUGCAGCCGAUGCCGCGGGCAGGUGGCAGCCGUCUGGUGCUCCGAGUGCGAGGAGUUCCUCUGCACCAAGUGCUUUGAGGACCACCAGUGGUUCUUCAAGAAGAGGAGCCACGAGGCCAGGAGGGUGGAAGACCUCCGUGCUGAGUCAGCUCAUCAGUUCCUGGAAGACACCAAAAAGUCCAGCAACCUCUUUUGUUCCCGGCCGGGUCACGCUGACCAGGGUCACAUCUCCAGCAUCUACUGCCGGCGGUGCGCCAAGGCGCUGUGCUGUUCGUGCGCGCUGCUGGACAGCCAGCACGCCCCGUUCUGCGACAUCCGCAGCGAGAGCCAGCGGCGGCAGCAGGAGCUGGGCAGCCUCGGGCGGCAGCUGCGCGGCAGCAGGAGCGGCUUCCAGGCGGCGGCGGAGGCGCUGCGGGCCCAGGCCGCCCGGCUGGAGGAGGCGCAGCGGGAGAUGCGGGAGCUGAUCCGGCAGCGAGCGGAGCAGCUGGUGGCGCUGAUCCGGCGGGAGGAAGAGGAGCUGCUGGCGCUGGUGGCGGCGCGGCAGGAGCAGGGCCGGGGCCGGCUGGCGGGGGAGCUGCGGCGGGUGGAGGGGGUGCUGCGGCGGCUGGAGGCGGGCGAGCGGCUGGUGGAGAAGAUGGGGCUGUACGGCACGGAGCAGGAGGUGAUGGACAUGCAGCCCUUCAUCAAGGGCUCGCUGCAGGAGCUGCAGCGGCUGCAGCCGCCGGCGGCCCAGGAGCCAGCGCAGCCCGGGGACUUCGCGGAGUGCAGAGCCAGGCUGCAGGCGCUGGUGGAGCGGGUCACAGGGCGCCCAGAUAGCAACUCUCAGGCUGUCCCCGUGGUUGAGGUGGACCUGGAGAAUGACCUGCAAGAGGAGCCUGCCCAGCCUGACAACCAGACCAUUGUGCCCACCUUCACCAUCAGCCUUGAGGAGAUGCAAGUGAACAUGGAUCUCCCCAUCAGAGAGUGGCCCAAGAGGAAGUCACCCUGCAAGGCAAAGGGCAGCCAGGUGUCACCCAAGGUACUGAAGCUGGAGAGUGACCAGGUGCUAAGCCCCAGUGACUCCACUUCAAACCAGUGGGAUGGUGGAAGGGGACCCAGCACCUCCACGCCGAGCCAGAACUGCCGCAGCAUCCCUGCCACCAGCAGGCACAUUGAUGAUGCAGAAGACACCAGCAUCAUCAUCUCCAGCUCAGAUGACAGCUCAGAAGACACGGUGACUUACAUCAAGCCUGAGGACAUCAAGAAAUCCUCCAGCCCCACAUGGUCAGAGGCUGGCACCUCACCCCACAACAGCAUCAGGCCCUCCAGCUCCCAGGACAGUGAAUCAGAGCUGAGCACUUUGGUGUUCCUCAGCUUGAGGGCUGACCAGAAAACCCAGCAGAUCACAGAGGUGGCAGCAGUCAGCGGCGACAACGUCUUCAAGACGCUGAUUCAGACGCCGGAGUCGAUGCUGGCUCUUCUGUCUCAGGGUGUCCCCCUGGAGGUGGCGAUUCAGCAUCUCCUCUGCUACCUCUCUACGUUCCCCAGGCCCAUCCUCGUCGUCUAUAACUUCUGGUCCCGGGAGCUGCCCUCUCUCUUUAGAGCCCUGGAUGCCAGCAGCAAGAAAGUGGACUUCUGCCACGCCGUGGGGGGCUACGUGGACAUGUUGGCCUUGCUUAAAGAGAAGCUGCCCACAGCCACCUCCUACAGGCUGAAGAGCCUGCUGAAGAGACACCUGCAGCAGCAGCUCAUCGAGGCCAGCGCCCUGGCCAGCGCCAAAGCCUUGCAGGACCUCUGGCACUCCCUGAAGCUCCCUGCUCAGGCUGACGAGGGGAUGAUGCUCACCCACUGCAACCUGCAGUGCUACACCAUGCUGCUGCCCCUGCUCAGGGAGAAGCUGCUCACCAGGAGGGCUGUCAGGAUCCUGGCCCAGAGGAACCUCAUCCUCUGGGAGCUGGAAGAGGCAUGAGUGGAUCCUUAGGGUGAGCUGAGCUGGCUGGGUCGUAGGAUAACCAUGGUGGGGAUGCAGGGAUGCUCGUCAUGGAUGCAGGGAUGCUUGUCUUGGAUGCAGGGAUGCUCACCAUGGAUGCAUGGAUGCCCUCUGAAGGUACAGGGAUGCUCAUCAUGGGUGCAAGGAUGCUCUCUGGGGCUGCAGGGAUGCUUAUAGUGAGUGCAGGGAUGCUCAACAUGGGUACAGGGAUGCUCACCAUGGAUGCAGGGAUGCUCACCAUGGAUGCAGGGAUGCUCACCAUGGGUACAAGGAUGCUCACUAUGGCUGCAUGGAUGCCCUCUGAGGGUACAGGGAUACUCACCAUGGAUGCAGGGAUGCUCACUAUGGGUGCAAGGAUGCUCACUAUGGCUGCAUGGAUGCCCUCUGAGGGUACAGGGAUACUCACCAUGGAUGCAGGGAUGCUCACUAUGGGUGCAAGGGUGCUCUCUGGGGCUGCAGGGAUGCUUAUCAUGGGUACAGGGAUGCUCAACAUGGGUGCAGGGAUGCUCACCAUGGAUGCAGGGAUGCUCAUCAUGGGUGCAAGGAUGCUCUCUGGGGCUGCAGGGAUGCUUAUCAUGGGUACAGGGAUGCUCACCACGGAUGCAGGGAUGCUCACCACGGAUGCAGGGAUGCUCAUCAUGGGUACAAGGAUGCUCUCUGGGGCUGCAGGAAUGCUCACCAUGGGUACAGGGAUGCUCACCAUGGAUGCAGGGAUGCUCACCAUGGAUGCAGGGAUGCUCUCUGGGGCUACAGGGAUGCUUAUCAUGGGUACAGGGAUGCUCACCACGGUUGCAGGGAUGCUCACUAUGGGUACAGGGAUGCUCAUCAUGGGUGCAAGGAUGCUCAUCAUGGGUGCAAGGAUGCUCUCUGGGGCUGCAGGGAUGUUUAUCAUAGGUACAGGGAUGUUCACCA